CCUGCCCUUAGUUACAGAGGGUAAAUAAUUAUCUAAUUCGCAUUGAAGACAGCUACAAAAUGCCGAUCACUAAACAUCCGAAGAAAAGUGAACCGUUGUGGAAGGAAUGGGAUUAUAAGGCACAGAAGAAGGGUGUUCAUCAUACGGUGUAUUCCGUGAACGGCGAUCGGUACACUGGUGACUGGGACAAAAAUCAAAAGAAUGGUAAGUGGCUAUGGAAUCGAAGUCUACCCUUGCAUCUUACAAAUUUGCUCGUGCAGAAAGCAUUCGUAUUCGAUAGCUUGAUAUUUACCUUUUCAACAUUACACUCAGUAACUGGCUGAGGGAAAAGGCAUAUGAGCUCGAAUUAUAUGAUGUUUUACAACAUUCUUACAUUGUAGUUUUCGAAUGUUUAGCCCAGUUGAAGUCCCAAACAUCCUGACCCACAUUUGCAUUACAGUUUAGUACAACAGUUUACAGCUAUUUAUAGGUUUGAAAAACAAAAUAAAGUAAUCACUGCAUGCAGUUAGCCACAGGUAGUCGAGGCGAGCAGUGGUUUGACGUAUAACAGAAUAUCUAGCAAUAAUACAGCAAUACAAAAUGAAAGGUGCAUUUCAGUAGCAGACAAGUAUCUUAGCUGCAUAAUGUAAAAGGUCUUAUUAACAGAACAAUAAAUCAUUUCCAUCGAUUAUAACAGAUAAGUGAGGAAGAAAAACAUGUAUGUGACCAACUAUACACCUUUAGAAGAGAAGCAGCUAAAAAAAAUUUGAAUAAAAAAAGAGGAAAGUAUUACUUUAAAAUUCAUUUCAUAUAUUUCAUAUUCAAAUGAGAGAUAUUUGGCAAAUAUGGAGAGAUCUACUCCUUCAGAUUAUGUUGGCAAUCACAGCAUACAAUGUUUUUAUUUCAAAAGGAAAGGGAACUAUGACAUGGAAGAAGUCAGGUGCUAUUUAUGACGGAGACUGGAAGGAUGAUCAUCGUUGUGGAUUUGGUACAUACAGUGUUCCUGAAGGAGGAGGAUACAGGAAAGUUUACUCCGGUGGAUGGAAAAAUGAUAAGAGACAUGUAUGUAUCCAUGGCAUUUAUAGAAAUGUUCAGUUACUCUCAGCUACAAUUUUGAUAGAGUUUCUAAGAAAACAAUGAAAAAUCUAAUUUUUAUUCAAGUAUUUUACAGUAGGUUUUGGCAUCCCUAUUCCCUAGAAAGGUCAUAUGGGAAAAAGGUAAUGGUCUGGUGUUGAAAAUGGCAGUGCAAGAGCUUACAUAUAAAGGGCUUUUUUUCUUUUGGCAGGGGGGAAGGGGAGUGUAAUCAAAGUAAUAAAAAAUGAAAGUAUGUUAGUAGACCAAGGUUCGACAUGAUAGGAAUACCUACUUCCCCAAGAAGGGUGACACAGUUUGGUAACUUUGCUGUGGGAAUUUUACUUGUUUGUUUGUUUUUUUUUUUUAUUGUUUUGAUUACCGCCUGUAGAUUGCAAAGUGCAGAAAUCUUGCUACUUUUAGUAACAUGUGAAUAUUAGUAUUGCUGUUAUAGUAAAAAGGGUGCUAUUGGAGUUUCUUAACUGAUGUAAAAAAUACUGGUAAAUUGUGUUUUUUUUUCUUUUUUCUGUAUAUAACUGAUGUGUCUGUUCAUAAUAAAUUUUUUGUUGUUUAUUUUGCAGGGCUAUGGAACAAAUUUCUACUCAUAUAAUGAAUACUUCGAAGGAGAGUGGUAUGCUGAUAAACGAAGUGGGUGGGGAAGAAUGUACUUUUCUGAUGGUUCAGUUUAUGAAGGAGAGUGGUACAACAACAUGAGAAAUGGUGAAGGAAUGCUCAGACUAGGUAAGCUUGUUAUUCAUUGGUGCCUUGUAACAGGUGAACCCGCAUGAUCAUUUUUCUUAUUUUUUGUGAUUGGACUGUAGGUCAUCAAUUUACUAUGAUAUAUCAGUUUAAAUUUUUGUCAUGGUUUGAAUGGAAAUUUAAGCUGGUUUUCCAUUUCUGGUUUUUCCAUUUCUAUGGAAGUCUACUGGUCAUUAUCUCUUUGCUUGUUCCUUUCACCCCCUGGAGUGAUCAACAAGGAAUUUUUACACAAUAUCUUUACAUUUUUGAGCAGAAAGGCAAAAGGCAGUCAGAGAAAGAUCAAUAAAGAGAUAUUUCUUAAUUUAACAUCAAAUUCUCAGAACUAGAAUCCUAUGCAACAUAAGGGGCACCGUACAGAGAACUUAUUUUUAGAUUUUAGGAGUGAAAGGGUUAACAAAAGUGGCUGCUACUGAUCUGAAGAAGAGCAUCGCAGCUACCUGGACUCUGAAUUUAUUCUUGUGUCACAUUAAGUAAGUUAUGGCACUUGCUGCUUGUUCAACAGCAAAUGAAAAUCGAUAUGAAGGUCAAUGGAAAGAUGACAAAAAACAUGGCAAGGGAAAAUUCUUCUAUCUUGAUCGAGGGCAGAUGUACACUGGGGUAUGGUGUGACGACAUUCCAAAAUGUGGCACUGUGGAAGAUUUUGGUCGACAUGAGGCUCCAAACCCAACAACAUACCCAUUACCUGAGGUUUGUGUCUUAUUCGUAAAAGUAAAUAGUGUUGAAACAUAAUGUACAAUGUAAGGCUCUUUCCACAAAAGGGAUGCCAACAUGAUUUAUCUUUGAAUACUGUUAAGAUUUGAAUCUUGCAUUUGAAUGCUCAACCAACUGACCAUCUGAGAAAUCGUUGUUGAGCCAGGCCAUGUAGGUUCUUUCAGAGCUCUCAAGUCUCACACAUUGAGUGUGAGACUCACGCAAACAAAUUCAAUCUUAUGCUCUUAGGCUGAAAUUGUUUUUACUCAUGCAUUUAAGGUUUCUGAUUUAAACUAUUGAUUUUUGAGAUAGUAAACUGCUGCUUAACAGUUAGAUACCUAACAAAUAACUGUAUUAAUUUUAAAUAUGAUGUAAUCAUUGUUCCCUUUGUACUGGCUUCAAACACUUUCCAGCAGCUGAAACUCUUGCUUAGAGCAAAGGAAUGCAUGUCUUAGCUACUCCAUUUUGUCACAAUUUUCCAAGGGAGUAUGCCUCCAUUCUCCCUCUGGAGGGUGAUGCCCACACUGUCACAAUCAAAUGCUAGGAAGUCAAGAAUCUUACUCUUUGCCAGCAAAAUCAACUUAAAAGCUCUGUUCAUGAUAUACAAAAAAAGUUUGUGUGCUGUCAAGAUCAGCAAUGUCAAAGGUGUCCAGUGAGAAUAAAAAGUCUAUCAUAAACAAAGUACAACAACAUAAAUUUGGACUUAAACUUACUGAGCACCCUUAAACAUCAGUAUGCAUAUUCUCCAAACUGUUCUCUACAUGUUACCUAAGGUGCUGACAAGGAGAAUUUGUUUAACAAUAAAGAGAAAGAAAGAACUUCUUCAGUUGAUGAUCAUUUCCUUUACUCUCAUGACCUUAAUGUUUGAUUCAGGGGUGAUAUUGUAAGGAGAAAUUAGAUGCCAGUUACACCUAGGGGUUAAAGGGUUAAACUAUUUUCACGAGUGUGAGAAAAAUAUGAAGUCCUGAAUAAAAAGUUUUUUGCAUAAUUUUUCUUUUUUUUUUUCACAUACAGUGCAAACUGCAAGACACAAGAGGAGUAAUAAAAGAGGCAGAAGAUACAUUUCUUGAUGAACAACAAUCUUAGUAGAUUUAUUAUCAUUUUAUUGAGUUGUCCCUAUAUUUUUGCACCGUACAUAACAACAAAAGCCAGAGGUGUAGGAAUUUUGUAACAGAUAAAACCUGAUAUAUGAAUAUGUGUCCUUAAAAGAAGAAAAUCAGCAUAGCUAAAUAUCCAUACCAAAAUUUUAGCUUAGACUAAAAUUUUUUAACUAAUCAUGAAGAAAUACUAGAACAUGGAAAUACUCAGGGUAGGAUUGAGUGCAAGUUUUUCAAAAACACCUGUCUAGUGUAUAGAUUUGUACCGUAGAAAUCAACCAAUUGCAAUCUGGAGAAUCUUCUGGAUUCAUUUUAAAAGACUUGCCUAAUGUCUUUCAAGAAUCAACUUGAUCAAUUUUCUCACCAAGAAAAUCCCUCUGCUUUAUGCAGAUUACAGUAAUGUUUACAAAUGUUAGCAGAUUGUUUACUCCGGUUUAGAUUUGUUUCUGUAAUGUACAAUGCAUCUGCAUCAUGUAAAUAAAUAUAACCUAAGAUAACUUAAUAAAUUUUGUACAGCAACCUACUUGAUACUCCAGUAAUCAUUACCAAUUCAUUAAAGUAUUCUGUUGAUGCUGGUUCUGAAUACAGUAAAAAUAAAUAAUACCAAUUCCUUUGUAAGAUGUAAAAUUUUAGUCAAAAGAAGG